CCCUGCGCGCUGCCAUGGCUCGGCGAGGGCAGCUCGGGUAGACGGCGGCGGUCGCGUGCUGCCCCACCGGGUCCCGAACUCCGGCCUGGGCUGUGCCCUCGGGCCGGGGCCGGAACAUGAGCUCCUACCUGGAAUACGUGGCGGGCGGCGGCGGCGGCGGCGGCGGCGGCGGCGGGGUGGGCGACGUGCUCGGCUUCUCCCCCAAGUUCUGCCGCUCCGACGCCCGGCCCGUGGCCCUGCAGGCCGCCUUCCCCCUGGGCAGCGGCGACGGCGCCUUCGUCAGCUGCCUGCCCCUGGCCGCGCCCUCGCCCUCGCCCCCGGCCCCCUCGGCGCAGCCGCCCGCGCCUCCCCGGGCCGCGCCCCGCUACAGCCCGGGCGUGCUCGAGGGCGCAUACGAGCCCGGCGCGGGCGCCGCACCUGCCGGGGGCGCGGACUACGGCUUCCUGGGCUCCGGGGCCGCGUACGACUUCGCGGGCGCUCUCGGGCGUCCGGCCGACGACAGCGGGGCGCACGUCCACUACGCCACCUCGGCCGUCUUCUCGGGAGGCGGCUCCUUCCUGCUCAGCGGCCAGGUGGAUUACGCGGCCUUUGGCGAGUCGGGCCCCUUCCCGGCGUGUCUCAAAGAGCCCGCGGACGGCCACCCCGGGGCCUUCCAGACCGCGUCCCCGGCCCCCGGUGCCUACCCCAAGUCCGUCUCUCCCACGUCCGGCCUCCCCGCCGCAGCCUUCAGCACAUUUGAGUGGAUGAAAGUAAAGAGGAACGCCCCUAAGAAAAGCAAACUCACAGAGUAUGGAGCCGCUAACCCUUCCACCGCGAUUCGUACGAAUUUCAGCACCAAGCAAUUGACAGAACUGGAGAAAGAGUUUCAUUUCAAUAAGUAUUUAACUCGCGCCCGACGCAUCGAGAUAGCCAACUGCUUGCAGCUGAAUGAUACCCAAGUCAAAAUCUGGUUCCAGAACCGCAGGAUGAAGCAGAAGAAAAGGGAACGAGAAGGACUGCUGGCUGCAGCCACCUCAGUGGCCUCCCUCCAACUUCCCCUCUCAGGAACGAGCCCCACCAAGUGUGGCAGGAACCCAGGCAGCCCUUCUCAGGGCCAAGAGCCUUCCUGAGGUUCAGUCUUGAGGCUGAAGAUCCUUGGUCAGCAGAAGUCAUCCCUACCCCUCUAUAGAUUAGGAGCUUGGCUUGGCAUGGAGGUGGGCAUGAGCAGAAAUUAAUAGGCAUUUCACUUGGAAAGGGACUACAGUAUCUUGGUGGACUUCUGAGUUCCAGACCGUGUGUGUACAUGCAGAUACUAAUUUGAUAUCUUUUAAAUGAUUUGUUUGCAUUUUAUUUGUCUUACCAGGGAAAAUAUGCCCCCCACCUGCCAGCCCAGCUCUGACACGUGUUGCCUAACUAAGUCAUAUGCAAUUCUUGGGUGCAGAGUGGCAGAUCAUUUAGUUGAGUUCUGUCAACCUUCUGAUGUGCACAAAAUAGCCAUUGCCCAAAUUUUCUGGUUUUAAUUUAAAGGACAGUCUACAUGUAUUCAACCUCUUGAGAUGACCAAAGUUAGUUAGGGUCUCCUUGAAGUAGUCAAGCUGCUUCAAUGAUGAUCUGUUUACACACUUGCACUCCAUUUCUGUUUUGUUUUCUUUAAAAAGCAGUUUCUACCUCUCCAUGUGCCUGAGUGAAGAUACAAUCACUAUUUAGUUAGUAGCUGAAUAAAUUCACAGGGUGGGUAAAGAUUAGAACCUGAACAACACCUUGACAUCAGUUACAAACUUGAAUGUAAAUAUACACAAUAUGUAUAUUUUUUAAAAAAUGUUUGCUUGCAAUGAACUGAUAUAUGACAUUUAAUGUCAGCAUGUAAAGGGUUGUGAGCUGUUUUGUAAUAAAAUGACAGAAUCUACUACUCUA